GUCGGCGGUACCUAUACGUACGGGCGACCGGCAAACACUAUWUAAGAUACGAUAUGGUCUACCACUCGUCCUUUCCGCAGUGACGACGACAGACGAACGAUAAACAGCAGCAAUAAUAUUAUAACAAUGUUAUAUCUUAAUGUUAUCGAUAUUGUCGCGUCAUCGUAAUAAUUAUAACCAUCGAGAUCGAAAUCGUCUGCGUUCUGUUGAUGUUUUCCUAUUUUUAAUAAUAAUAUUUGUACUGWAUUUUUUUUAUUUUUUUUUUAUUACGAUUUAAUAUCUUACGUCAAUAAUUAAUGCGGCAUAACGUUAUAACGAAGUUGUCUAAUACCAUUAUUAUGAACACGUUUCUCACGUGGGUUUUUGUUCUGUCGUUUAAGGGGGCCAUACAAGAAAUGAAAAUCUACGCAUCGCCAGAUUUCGCCGAUAUCCAGUGCACGGAACUUUUGCAGCCAGACGAUGACAAGGAACUAGAAAAUCCUGAAGACCUGGCUAGCGGCAGUUACUCAGAGAGACCACCUGCUCCACCACCACCGCCACCAUCAAACGAAAACCAUGGCUAUCAGACACCCAACAUCAAAGGUGAUAAAGGUGAUCCCGGUCAAAAGGGAGAGUCGAUCAGAGGACCGCCCGGUCCACCCGGACCUCCAGGCUCGCCGUUUUCCGGAGACUUUGCCACCGACGAAGAACUCGUCAAAUCUGGAGUAUCUGGACCGAGAGGUCCGCCGGGCAUAUGUAGUUGUAACCUCACCACGUUAUUUGCACCAGGAAACAUACCGGAAUUACUACAAGGACCGCCGGGCAAUCCUGGCAUCGAUGGCAAAAUGGGAUUGACUGGACUCCCGGGUGCCGUAGGAUUGCCAGGAGAACGAGGAUUAGAAGGCAUUAAAGGGGACAAAGGCGAUAGAGGAGAUGUCGGGCAACGAGGAAACGAAGGCAUUCAAGGCCCUAAAGGUGAACCUGGAAUCGACGGAGAACGCGGCUUGCAAGGACCUCCGGGUCCACCAGGUCCUCCUGGGGGAUCAGAUUUUUCAAAUAAUGAUCCAAGUUGGAAACCAAGACCGAUUUACAAGGACAUUGGAUUUGAGUCAAACGUCGGGAGGCCCGGUCCCCCGGGUCCUAAAGGCGAUCCGGGUGUUGACGGCGCUCCGGGCUUAAAAGGUGCAAAAGGAGUUCAAGGAAAUAAAGGCGUUCGCGGGGAGCUUGGAAGCAAAGGAGUCAAAGGCGACAAGGGUAAUGUUGGACCUACUGGACCACAAGGUUUUAAAGGGGAACGAGGAAUACGUGGAUUUGACGGAACUCCAGGAAUGCCAGGAGAAAAUUCUCGCCCAGCGCCCAAAGGCGAAAAAGGCGACCCUGGGUCACCUGGACCACCCGGUCCACCAGGACCAGCGCUGUCAGGGGUGAAAAUUGAUAAAACGGAUACAGCAGUUGUGAAAACAGUGAAAGGUGAUAAAGGCUCAAAAGGAGAUCGUGGGGAAAAAGGAGCAGUUGGUAAUUUGGGCCCCGGAGGAAACCCUKGUCCACCUGGUUUGACGGGUCCCAAAGGUGAACGAGGAGAGCCCGGUUUACCAGCACCCGUAUCAUCUACGACCAACCUAGGAAUGAACAUCAAAGGAGAUAAAGGUGAAAUGGGAAGACGAGGUAGACGCGGAAAACCAGGUCCUAUUGGUCCACCAGGUCCACCCGGAGAGAUUGGUUUACCUGGUUUACGAGAAGACGGUUCGCCAGGCAAAGCGGGAGGUGUUAAAGGGGACAAAGGUGAUCCGGGAGAAUCUGUGAAAGGGGAAAAAGGAGAACCGGGAAAAKAUGGAUUACCAGGUUCGGGAGGAACAUACGUGCCUGUACCAGGUCCACCAGGUCCACCAGGAAUUCCAGGUGUUGCAAUCGAAGGGCAAAAGGGUGAACCUGGUGAUCCAGGAUUUUCAUCAUCGCCUCUCCGAAGUGAAAUAAACGAACCCAUAAUUGUACCAGGCGCAAUGACGUUCCCGAACAAGAAAUCAAUGAUAAACUUGACAGAUAGAACUCAGAUGGGUACCAUUGCAUUCAUCAUCGAAGAGGAAGCUCUUUUAGUCCGUGUCACCCGUGGCUGGCAGUACAUUUCCCUUGGUUCAUUGGUCACAACUGGAAUGGAUCCGGUCCCGACGAACAUUCCGUUGCCGACUAGAGUACCAUUAGAAUCAUCGAAUUUAGUACAUAACCAUCCAAUAAAAGAUAACACAAUG